UUUUUUCUCAUUCUCCAUUUGAAUAUCAGCGUGUGUAGACGUAUUACGAUACUAUUCUGAAAGUUAUUCUUUAUUGAGACGUGUGUUCUGUUCUGAGAUUUCUGACAAAUUUAUUCGAUAGUGACGUUGAGACGGCAUCAUUGUUGAGAAGUCAUCAUGAACCAAGAUUUGUGUGAGGAGUCCACGACUCAUGUCCAGAAACUGGUCAUCGGCCACACGAUGGACGACUCUGAAACUGAAAGGAGCACGUUUGUUGGGGGUCAUGACCUGAACCGUGGAUUGGGAUCAGGAGGUUCCUUGACUGGUAGUGAGGAGACGGCCAUGGCUUGUGGGAAGACAACACCCAACGGCUCAAGCUGUGCGGUGCUUGAUCAAGAUGUCGGAAAGGGCGCUAAGAAAGGCGAGAAGACGUCUAUCUUUGGAGACGUGUCUAAUGUCUUGUCUGUGGCAAACUUAACCCCUGCCUGGUUUGCUCAGUCGGGCCUGCUGUCCCUAGUGCAGACUGAAUACACGUCAUCCUCAUCGGAGCUGCUGUCAUCGGCUAAGUCAUCUUUGUUGGUUGAGGCAUUGUCAUCAUUUGAUCGGUCCUCGGUAGUGGAGACAUCCUCAUCACCUGAACCAUCUCCCUCAGUUGAGAGAUCUUCAUCUGUUGACCCGUCAUCAUUUUCAGAGACACUUUCAACAAAGAAAGAAGAUGAAGGGAACCAGGCGUCCAUCAGUCCGUACUCUGGCUUGAGAAGGCUUAGCCUGAAGAUGUCUUCAGUCGCCAGUAGCUCUUCCUCCAUGCUCCCGGUACCCCCGCCGGAAAACAACAAGACUGACAAACUCAACAGCAUCACCGAGCAUGAGAGAGAGUCUGCUAGUGCUGGAGAAUCCAAGCCCUCAGAUAAAACCUCGCCGUGUUCAUUGGUGUCUGCGGCGUCUUCAGCAAGACCCUCGUCACAACAGUCUGUAACUAGAAUGACACCACGACCUUGUAACGUGUUCGUGUGCUCCAGGAUAAACCCAGAGGUCAGACAGAAACAGGACCAGGGCUCCUCCGCAUCUGGUGUUGCCGAAGGUGCCGCGAGACAAACCAGACCCCAGCGACCCCGUAUCGUGUUUUCCUCCUUGGUCAACAUAAGCCUUAGACUAGCUGAGAUUUCGGCUGCUUCCAUUGUCAAGAACGUCGGUCGACGAGUCAGCAAGAGGCCGAGUUCCCCGUCGAGCUGUUCCAACGCUGCCCUGUUUCUCAAGACAUCAACCCCUCCUCCUCUGCACCCAGACUCUAACGACACAGAUUUUAGCUGUGUGGGAAGACAGGAACAGUUUACACAGAUACAAGAUAGACAGGCCUUUGCUCAAUUACCCAUCGUAACUGUCUCUAGAAUGCCGCCAAUGCCGAAGUUCUGGGAAUACAAACCUCUUGAGUUUAAUGAGGUGAUCGUGGUCCACGCGGAGAGCCCAAGUAGUUUUGUGGCAAUCCCAGAAAAGAUGAAGACUUCUCUUGAGAUGAUGGAGAAGGAAAUUGAGGAGAACUUCCUCUCACCAAAGCCUCAUGUCAUCUGCCUGUGUUACAAAACCUUGUACACUGUCAAAGAGAAGGGGUAUGAACAGCUCAUGUCUAUCCAAGUCUACUACCCGGACCACGGUAGAUUUGACACUGUCUUCCCACCACAACUGUUCCAGCUUCCGAAACGGUUCUACGCCAUGCCCUUCCUGGCUCAUCGGAUGGGGCUUGGAGCGAUCACUCCCAUCUCCAACAAGUGGUCCGAAGCCUCCAAGUUCUACUUCAUGUCCCGUGUCAUGAACAAGAUCGUCAACGCUUGCGUCGUACCGGCACCCAACAGCACUGAGCAGGACCCACAGGACGAAGCCAAGGCCAACCCCAGCAGUUUUGAUUUAAAGCCUUUAGAGGUUCAUCUCAUAGAUGCCUCUGGAGAAGAUGACGAGGUCAUCGGUGAUCUGCUGUGUCUUAAGGGCUAUGCUCGGCGUCCAUGACCUCCAAGUGACAUGCACCCACGAUGUGUGUGGAGGUGUAAAGGACUAGGGUCACGGGCAAACUUUAAUGUCCCUUCACCUCAAGCUUUCGCUCGAUAGUCUUGGGGCGACAUGUACUCCCUCCCAUAAAGACAAAUAAACCACACAAAAAAUCUUGCAAGAAAAUUCACACACACCCUCAUGAUUUGCUUAGAGAAAGUCAUUCAAGUCAUUGAUAAACAGACUUUAGGGCUUUGUUUGGUGACCCAGGGUCCACCCACUUGGACUGAGUGAGCACGAACACACACAGGCUCACGGCAAUAUUUAUGAGCACCAAAUGAGUCCACAAAGAUGUACUUAAUACUGGAAAUUCCCAUCUGAAACCUUGUUGAUGUUUUGUUUGUUCUUGCUUUGAAAAAUAAAACGAGCAAAAUUUAACUCUA